AGUGCAGAUAAAGUGGGCGGAGCAGAUUUGUAGCAGUCCAUGCUGUUAGUAUGUUUACAGGUUUAAGGCUCCAGCUAUUGCAGCCAUUGGUAUUGAAAAGGUUUUUUAACUGUUCGGGUACGCUAUUCGCAAAAAUGAGUGCAGAAUCCCAAUGGUUAACUGCUGAAGAAAGAAGUCCGAUGCUUUCUGAGCUCAAGGCAUCAGGAUGGGCUGAAUUAGAAAACAGAGAUGCAAUUUACAAAGAAUUCAUUUUUAAGUCUUUUAAUCAAGCUUUUGGAUUUAUGACACGUGUGGCUCUUCAGUCAGAAAAGAUGAACCACCAUCCUGAAUGGUUUAAUGUCUAUAACAAGGUCCAGAUAACUUUAACCACACACGAAUGUGCUGGAUUGACAAAGAAGGAUGUAAAACUGGCAAAGUUUAUUGAAACUGCAGCUGCUUCAGUGUUGUAACAGCAGCUUAGAUAUCUAAGUGGGUCUCCGUGUAAUCCUACACUAAACAUGCAAGACUUUCAUCCUGUUUCCCUUGUUUUUUGUAUAUAUGUGAGCUUUUUUAAAUAAACUGAUUGAGCACUGAAA